AGAUCAGCCGUACCCUCACUUCUCACGAGUCUGAGGUGACAAAACCCACACUAUUAACACCCUGCAAACUCCAAUAAUUCAUGAUAGGAGAAUGGCGCAUCCUGAGGUUGACAACUGCCGAGCAAUUGAGUUUUUUGCAAUGGAGGACAAGCUUAGCAGAGCGGAGUCGGAGAUCGAAGAGCUAAAGCGGCGGCGAAAAGAGGACGCGCAGGCUAACGAGAAGGUGGUCAGCAUCUUCGCCGCCCGCGAGCAGAGCUGGAUGGCCGAGAGGCAGAGCCUCCGACGUCAGAUCGAGGCCCUGCUCGGUGAGCUCUGCGGCCUCAAAUCGAGCGACACAGAGUACGCGGCGAACUUAAAGACCCUGAGCGAGUCUUUGGAGGAGGAGUCGAAGAGGAGAAAGGUAUUGGAGGAGAAGGCUGAAUUCGGCGAGCAAAUGGCGGAGGAGAUGAGGGAGAGGCUCAAGACGGUGACGCAGGAGCACGCGGCCGAGCUGUGGAAGCACAAGGCGACGCUGGUGGAGCUGCUGUCGAACCAAUGCCGAAUGGAGUCCGAGAUGGGACGCGCGCUGGUGCAGGUGGAGGCAGCCAAGGGGAAGCUCGAGAUGGCGGUGCGAGAGAAAGAUGCAGCGGCGGAGGCAGAGGCGAAGCUGUCGGAGGAGUGCGCCAUGAUCCGGAAAGACUGCGAGCAGAAGGACAAAAUCUUGGGCGCGGUGCUGAGGAAAUCUAAGCUCGAUGCGACUGAGAAGCAGGUGCUGCUCAACGAAGUGAAGUUGCUGAGAGCGAAGAAGACGCAAGCUGAGGCAGAGAUGAGGAGGUGGAGGAAGAUGUGGGAGUCGUCGAAGCGCAGAAAUGGCAACCCGAAGCAUCUGCUGCCGGAAUACCUCGAAGCCGAGGGAAAGAGAGGUCGGUGCUCUUCUCCGUCCAUGUGCUCGGAUCUUCCAUUGAGCGAUGGAAGUUAUGAGCCAGAACUCGAUGACUUGCAGGAGCUACAAGACUGGGUUCGAACCGGGAAUGAGAAGCAUGCGAGCAUCAUCAAGCAGAGGCAUCAUGCAGAGGUAGAGGCAUUCAUAGAGCAGAUGAGGCAGAAAGAAGAGACGUUGGAAACUUACCAGCGGCAGGUUCUGGGGAAGGCACUGGAAAUAAAAAUGCUUCAGUCUCACAUAGAAGGACUUGAUCGGAGUCUGUCUCACUUGAGAGAGGAGAACGUCAAACUGGAGGUCCUGUUGUUGAAAAAGGAGAAGGAAACGGAACUGCUGAAGGAGCAGCUCAGCUUCCUUUUUCAUCGACAUCAAAAAAGCAAUUCAAGUUGCUCUCUUAAUCCUGGGGUUUGCCAACAAAAGCCUCUUUGCUCAGAGGUGAAACUCAAAGAGAGGAAAACGGGAGAGAAGUAUAAGGAUUCAAAGCCCAAAUCUACUGGGAAAUUUACAGAGAUCAAAGUUGGUAACACAAGACUGAGGCAGAUGGGAUCCAAUGAAGAGAGUGAAAUUUACAAGGAAAAGGAAGAAAUUGGAACCAAUCAUUUUCAAGAACAUGAGAAACACUGCAGAGAAGAUAUGUCUCCGGAACCAGAACGAGCAGAAAUUUCAUUGCAGGAGCAAGCUGAGGCUGCUUCAGUGACAUUGCACUCUCCUAAAGAAGAAAUAAAAGAAGUUAAAGAGGUACGCAUUAAUCCUCAUACUUCUAACGAACAAAAUGGCUUGCAAGAGGAUGCUGCAAUUUCUGGCAAAUUCACGUCCCCUGAACCAUCAUUUAUAAGAGAAGCAUACUGUUGGAAGACAUACGUUCAUACUUUUGGUGUCUCGUACAACAUCAAGAGGUUGAAACAGCAACAACUUGUUCUCGAGAAGUUGGCUGGAUUACUGACUAAUAAACAGUUAGCAAACAUGGAUACAAUAAAUACUGGUGGAAUUGGAGCUGAAGACAGAAAGAUUGAUGAGGACAAACAAAACAUGAAAGGCUUCUUCCUAAUGAAAUCUUUGCUACACAAACAAGUGAAAAGAUACCAGUCACUGGAAGAGAAGACUGAUGACUUGUGCAAUAGAAUGGAGGACAACUACCAGUUAGGAAGCAGAAGAGACUCACAAGGUGUUAGAACAAAGGAGCAAUCUGAGACACUUAUGUGCUAUCUAGAAGAAACAUUUGAACUACAAAAGUGUGUUGUGGCAACAGGACAGAAGUUCACAGAAAUGCAGUCCAAAACUAAUUCUAUCUUUUCUGGAGCUGAUGCACAUGAUAAAUCUAUAGGCUUCAACUUGAGGCAGUUUGCUGAUAUCAUUAGAACUAUCUUUGAGCAAGUUCAGAAAGGUCUUGAGUUGAGAAUAGCUCGGAUGAUUGGUCAACUAGAGGGGAAGUUAGCCUGUGAUAGCAUUCUUCAUAGGUGAGGAAGAAUACUACUGCUCACUUGCAGGGUCAGUCAUAUAUUUUCAUGAUCAAUACAUUAGACAUAGAUGAAUAAGAAGAUAUACAUGCAUCUUUCAAA